UCCUAUCUCCUUUGCUUGUCCCUCCCUCUCUUUAAUCAUUCAUUCAAAUCCAUUCUCUCUAGUUUUUCCCUUUAACAGUUUAACCCCCUCUCCUACUCGUACCUCAAAUGAAAACAAUCAUGGCAAGAACUUCUCACGACCCUUCCUCCUCCUCCUCCUCCUCCUCCUCCUCUAAGAUACCCUUCCAACGAAUAAGAAAGGGAAGCGACCAAGGAGAAAGGAUGGUAGGGGAUGAGGAGGCGAAGAAGAAAGCUUCUUCCGCCGCGGAGGCCGUUUCGAGGCUCCGCUCCGUCUUGACAGCCGCGAUUCCCGCCCGUUGGAGCCGGCCGGUCUUGACGGGCACCCUCUUCGGCCACCGGCGCGGCCACGUCAACCUGGCCUUCCAGGUGGACGCCCGAUCAUCCCCAGCGGUGCUCGUCGAGCUCGCCACGCCCACGAGCACCCUCGUGCGCGAGAUGGCGUCGGGCCUCGCGAGGAUCGCGCUCGAGUGCGAGCGGAAAGAAGAGAAGACCACGGCCAGAACCAGUCUCUUGGAGGAGCCGCUGUGGCGGGCGUACUGCAACGGGAGGAAGUGCGGCUACGCGGUGCGGCGAGAGUGCGGGCCGGCGGAUUGGAAGGUGCUGCGGGCCUUGGAACCGGUGUCCAUGGGGGCCGGAGUGCUGCCGGGGGACGACCCGGACGGAGAUAUCAUGUACAUGAGAGCAAGGUUCGAACGGGUGGUGGGCUCCAAGGACUCGGAGGCCUUCUACAUGAUCAACCCCGAUGGCAACACCGGUCCCGAGCUCAGCGUAUAUUUGCUUAGAGUCUGAGAUGUAUAUUGCUAAUAACGGCGAUGGAGACUGGUGGCCAGUCACACUGUAGCUGUUGUCCUUCUUAUAUUCUCGUCUAGGCUUUAAACUCUCGUCGCUUGUAAUCACCUUGUUUGGUUUUUGGUUGCUUCCUCUCGCGCUCUUAAUUUGGUGUUUGAUAGAGCGAGCUGGUUGGUGAUGUAUUGUGUUCUGUGACAAUGCUCAAGCUGGAUUUGAUCCGACA